AAAUCACCUGGCAGGCGAAGAUCGGACGUGAUGCGACGAUGGCGAGCGACGGUCCUCGCCUUGCUUCUCAGCGCGCUGGCGAUGGCCACUCUGGCAGCUGCCGCCAACGACGCCGACUUCAUCUUUGACGACGCUGACGAUGGCCAUGACGACGAUCUCCCGGCGGUGGCAUGCGUCGUCGACGAGGCUGCCGGCGUCUGCUUGAUCCCGUCCGUGCACACGCGCGGCCUCGUUACAACGACUCCGAGCGUCGCAUCGAUUCUGACGCAUGCCCAAGCUUACGCGGGCGACGUCGACACCAAGCGCUUCGCCGGCGAAACCCUUGGCUACGUCACACCAUGGAACAACCACGGCUACGACAUGGCCAAGACCUUUCGCCGCAAAUUUACCUACAUUGCGCCCGUGUGGUACCAGAUCCGCCACGACGCCGCGAGAACGCCGGUACUCACCGGCGGCCACGACGCCGAUGCAAACUGGAUCGACGCUGUCCGUGGUCACGACGGGCUCGGUCCCCAAAUUGUACCACGCUUCAUGUUUGAAAUGCCGUCGCUCAGCGCUGCCGAGGCGUCGCAGGUCCUCUCGCUUCUGCUGCGCGAGGUGGAGACGCACCACUUUGACGGCCUCACGCUCGAGGUUCCCAUCGUGGACGUGACGGUGCCGUUCAUCAAGGCGCUCGGCAAAGCCCUGGCGAAAGCCAAGCGCCUGCUAUUGCUCGUCUUGCCCACGAGCCAGCGCAACGGCCAGCUGUCGGUGGACGCGCGCCACUUGCAAGCGGUCCUUCCGUACGUGCACCGCAUCUCGGUCAACGCGUACGACUACUCGUCCAUGGGCCCCAACGCGCCGCUCCCGUGGUUGCAAGCGACGCUGCAGCAGCUCACGCCGCCGCAUAAACUUCUCAUGGGUCUGGCCUUUUACGGCUAUGACACCAAUGAGGCUGUGAUUGCAUCGACAUACUUGACGCUGUUGCAAACCCAUACCCCCGACGUGCAGUGGGAUGCCGUCGCCCAUGAAUGCAAAUUCAUCUAUGCGGCCGGUCGACGCCACGUGUACUACCCGUGUUUGCAGUCGAUCGACGACCGGCUCGCGCUCUACGCCAAGGCCCACGUCGGCGCCGCCAUCUGGGAGAUUGGGCAAGGGCUCGACUACUUUUACGAUUUGCUUUGAGCAGCAACGGCCGCCGACCGAGAAUAGCACCCGAUGCCUCUCUUCUCAAGAUAGUUCUUUGCCGUCCUUUCUA